AUGGCGGUACUCCCACUAGUAAAGCUAGGAACACUAGUUUUGAAAACAGCUUGCAAACCCAUCGCCAAUAGGCUCAAAAAAGAAGCUGGAUAUCACCCUAAGUUUCGCAAUUUCAUCAUCAGCAUUGCACAGACCAAUCACAGGUUUACCACGAGAAUUCAGAGACGCAUUUAUGGUCAAGCUACUGAUCUUGCAAUUCGUCCUCUCAAUGAAGAGAAGGCUGUUCAAGCUGCUGCUGAUCUCCUUGGAGAAUUCUUCGUCUUCACUUCUUACUUCUUAGGUGCUAUAUGUGGAAGUGGGAUUAAGUUUAAGGUUGCAGGAGCUGCUGUAAUCUUUGAGGUGCAAAGAAGUUCUAGAUCAGAGGCAAGAAAGGAAGAACAACGCAGACGUGAAAUACAGGCAAUUAAGACUAGAAGUGAAGAGUUGGGCAUGGAAAUUGAAGUUCUUGCACAAAAACUUGAAGAGCUGGAACAACUUGCUAAAGGACAGGGACUUGCUAGAGUUCUUAACUUCAGGCAAGCCAAUGCCGGGGAAGAUAAAAAUUCAAAAUCACCUUCGGACAAAAUCUAA